AUGUCCAUAUAUGCAAUCAUCUGAUUCUAAUUAGGCGGAUCUCUUUCAGCCUAUCCUAGAAUCGUCGAGCGUGCGUCGAGCUUCUUGUUGGAGGGUUUAGACAGUCGAGCUUCCAAUCAGAACCUCCUCAAGAAGAGGGUCUACUCUCGGUUUAACUGACACAAACUCAUCGCACCGACUUACUGCAAUAGCGGCAUUCCAUGGCGUCCCUUUUCACCGGGUCGUUCCUGCAUCCAAACACCACCGCUGAGCUGGCAGCUCAAGCAAGGCAGCUCCUGGAGCCGUAUCAUGACGGGAUUCGAAAAGUUGGGCGAUCAUACAGCAUGGUGCCCCUUCCCUACAUGCUCGCAAUGCACUCCCUCUUCGUGUCUUCCUUCUUCCGAGGGGCUUUCAACCAGUACUGGCUCAUCGGAUAUUGGAUGGCAUUCUGCGCCGGCUUUGGCGGGGGCACUCUGUCCAGUCUCUUUCUGGCGGAGCUCCCAGUAUGGCUUCAAUAUGACUUCAUUCUGGUUAUAUUCUCGGUCUGCUGGUACCUAAUGAUAUACUGCCCUGGGGACCUCGUAUUCAAGCUCUACAACAACCUUCCAGCAAGGGCCGCUUGCCGUGUCGCUUCGUCCGUCCUGAAAGCGCACACGAUCGCAGCCGGCGUGACUCACGCCGUCAAAGUCUGCGCCCCAGGAGUCGUUGUUUCGCCCCUCUUACUGGGCACUUUGGGGGGCUGCGGCGGCGUUUAUCUGACGGACAUUGUGUUGUAUAACAUGGGUUUACGGAAGCCGAUGGAGUUCUCCUAUCCGACCUGGAACACGUGGUCGUCUUUCGUGAUCGCCUUUCUGUACCUCUCGACCGUCCACUGGCUCCCUAUUCUGCCCCAAGACGUGGCCGAAGCCCUUGGCAUCACUUUCCUGGUGGCCCAAGCGCUCGCUUCGGAGUUCACGGGACUGCCCCUGGAUUGCACCGCCCCGAUCGACUACGUCUUCCACGUGGUGACGGGGAUCCCUCGUCCUGCCGACGUUCUGAAGGGCGCCGAAAAGUCUGCCGCCAAAGCGCCUCCCACCGUUGGACAGAAGAAGAAGGCCAUGUGACACGUGGCGCACAAACACGGGCUGAGAUGCGAUCCUGAUGUAGCUAAGGCGAUCGCCCUCCGGCCAUCAGGAGGUGUUAGUUAACCCGAUUCCAAGGAAGGAAAAACAUCUCAGGAC